UCAAUUGAUACUAAUAUAACAAGUAAUCUAUUCUCUAUAGAAACACGUUUGUUAAAUCAAUACAUUCCUGUACAUAUAAAUUUCAUGUUUCAUGAUCAAUUUACAAAAACAUAACAAGUUCAAUGUUCCUUCAAUAAGUAUAAUAGUGUAAACGAUGUGUCUUUGUCUUGGUCCUGUUAAAUCGGGUAAAACAUUUUUAAUGAAACGGUUACAAGGAGAUGAAAUGGAUAAUGCGACUCAUACUGUUUCUACGAAUGGCAUAAAUCUUUUUACAAUAAAAAAUAGUACCGGAGAAUUUGAUAUGAUUAUUAAAGAAAUAGGUGGUAGUAUGGCACCAAUAUGGAAACAUUACUUUGAAAAGACACGGAAGCUUAUUUAUGUAAUAGAUACAAGCAAUCUUUGCCAAAUAAGCGCGGCAGGAGUAUUACUUUACUCAUUAUUACUCGACCCUAGACUGCGAAAUAUAAAAAUCGCAUUAACAUUGAACAAAAUGGACCUUUCUUAUCGUCAAAUGCGCAACGAAGCCUUACUUAUACUUCAUUAUUCACGUCUACAAAAGGAAGCUACGCAAGAAUUAUCUAUAUUUGAAACUAGUGGAAUGACCGGUCAAGGUAUCGAAGAAUUAAGAAACUGGUUGUUUGAUCCAACCACUUUAAAAUCUGCAAUAAAUGCAAACAAGUAAAUUUAAUAUAUA